AGUAUUAAUUUUCUCAAAAUAACAUUCAGCAGGAGGCAAUGGUACUGUGAAGGUUGUGGUGUGUGACAGGAAGAGAAAGGACCCGUUAUUCUUCUCAGCUAUAUGUUGUAACAUGAAAUGAAGUGAAAUAUAAUUGGAGACUUGGGAGCAAAAAGAUGGCUUUCAGAAACCUUCCAAAUCGCAACGAUGUAUUUAACUGGUCUGCGAAUCAUUUGGCUGACUAUUUCAGAAUGCUGGAUUGGAAGGACUGUGAAAAAGUUGUUAAAAAGAACAGUAUUACUGGGCAGAGAUUUCUGAACAUGUCUGAAAAUGACAUUCAAAAGUUCCCUACACUACGAGUGCCACAGAUUCAUCAGCUGUGUCAUGAGAUUAACAAAAGGGAGGGGACAAGGAGCUUCUUCCCAAAGAGGCAUCAGAAUCAAAUAAUUCAUGAAUCUACAGAUGACAGACCCAUUGAUGACAUAGGAUGGGACUCAGAUGAAUUUACAGAAGAUGAUGAUGAUUAUGAGGACCCAGACCAACAGCAAGACUCUGGAGAUGAUGGUGGAGAUUAUGAAUCACCAAAUGAAGAUGGUGAAGGGCAUAAUAGUGACAAUGAUUAUGAACCACCUCCUUCAAAUGAUGAAGAAGCUCAUCAGAUCAAGAUAUGUGCAGCAAAACCAAUCUCCAAUGAUUCAGACUAUGCAGAUAAACGGUCAACAAUAAAAUCUGCAAACCAUCCACCCAUUCCCCCUCAGCGCCCUGGGUCAGUGCCAAUUACACCAGCUGGGAAUAGGGGCAAUAUGGCAAACAUGUUCUCCAAUCUGUCUGUCAGUGAAGAUUCAAGUCAAGGCAAAGACCGAAGCUUCUCAUCACCUGGUUAUAGAGCUCCUGUUGUUGACAGAAGUAGGAAACCCACUUUAGACCAGUCAGCACCUGGACACAGUGAAAGAGAUUCCCCUUCAAUGGGAAAGAAAUCUCCAUUUCCAGAAAAGCCUGCCAUGCCAGGUCCACCAAGGCCUCCUUUUGGCAACAGACCCGAACCCACAUCCUCUCGGAUGCCGAAACCAACCAUGCCAGUAGACAGAAGUAAUUCAUCAUUGGGUCGCAGGCAAACAUCUCCAAGACCAAGUAUACCGGACAGAAGACUUGAGGAUGAAGAAGAUAAUUUUCCUCAGAGACCAUUACCUCGACCAGUUGACUCUGCUUUGAAUGCCAACACAUUCCCGUACAGAACUCCAAGACCAGGACCAAAGCCCAACUUCUCUGGAGGGAACCAGCUUGCCAAUCCAGACAGUCUUUCACCAAGUGGCUCGCUGCCACCACGUUUUCAACAAGAAACCAACCAAUCUUUCUCAAGAGGUCCAAGUGACCCCAGACCACCUUUGCCUUUACCAGUCAAUAAAGGACGGCCAAUUCCACCAGCACCACAUGAACAGAGUUUGUCCAGGGAAUGGUAUGUGAGUGAUAUUGGUCGAACAGAAGCUGAAGCAGCUCUUCGAAACAUUAAUAAGGAUGGUACUUUCUUAGUGAGAGACAGCUCACGUAGAAACAAUGAGCAGCCCUAUGUCCUGAUGGUACUGUUUGGAUACAAAGUAUACAACAUUCCAAUCCGUUAUCAGGAGACCACGGAUGUAUUCUUAUUGGGAACAGGACUGAGAGGAAGGGAAAACUUCAGGUCGGUGACAGAGAUUAUUGAGUACCACUCACAGACACCACUUUUACUGAUUGAUGGUAAAGAUCCUAGCGGAGUACACAGGAAUCAGUGUGUGUUAACAUAUCCAGCUGGUCAAUAAAUACUGCAACUCGCUUUAGAUGGACCUGAAUUACAGGCAAUUUGAAGUACAACCAGUAAUGAACCUGUAUAGUGAUCCUUUAUAGGGAAAGGAGAAUCUGUAUAGUCUUAUGUGGGUCCCUUGAUGUGCUCUGUAUUAUAUUGUGGUCAAAAUGUGACAAAGCCUAUCUUACUGCUUUACUGACAGCUAUCGAUGAUGGCAUUCACCCCAUCUUAGGAUUAGAUAUUGGUCUCCAAACAAACUUGUCUGCUAUCUGAUUUCUCCUCCCAAACACAUUGCCCCUUCUGUCCCAUUGGUCCCACUGAACACACUGGUCACCACCUACCCCGAAUACAUUGACCCCCCCCUCCGAACACAGUGACUCCCCCGCCCCAAAAACACGGAACCUCCCUGGCGGAACACACUGUGCUCACCAAGCACACUGACUUCCCUAAAACACGAUAACUCUUGUCAGCAGACUGUUCCCUCACUCCGAACACACCAACCCCUCCCCCUCCCCCAAACAUUCUGAUCCCACCUCAAAUCCUCUGUACAGUCCCAGUUGAGACAUGGUGACCCCUCCUGAACAUACACCACCUCCCUCCCCUCCCCUGCCCCCCCCCCCCCCAUUCCAAAAUAAACUGAGCAUCCCAGCCCUCCAUGACACACUGACCACUCCGGAACACAUUGCCCCCUUGAACACGUUGGUCUCUUCCCCCACUCCCGCACAUAUUUCUCUCUGGAAAGCAUGAACUGGGUUAGAUGGUAGUGUUUGGGAGAGAUACAUCCGCUUCAUGAGCAGUUAAACUACAGUGGGUAGGCUAAGACUAUGUUUACGUGACCGAAUGCUUAACUUUUAACAUUUGCCUUGACAUUUUAUUGUAAAAGGUACAGCUCUUACUUUUUAUACAUCAGGGGUCACAAGAAUGUCACAAUAAAUAGAGCCACUCAGCAUCUCAAUAUCAAUCACAAAAGCAUUUCAGCACAACUAGUUUUAUCUAAAACAUAUUGCACUAUAAAUUUUAUCUUAAGCAAAUGCCUGCUCAGAGUGUUUUUUGAUUAAAAAGACUAAAUAAGCCAGGAGAAUAUUGCUUCAAGUAUCAGUGUCCAGAAUGUCACAGGGCAAACCAAGAGUCAACUUGAUGUCACCGGAGUUGGCCUGAAGUACAUAUUACAAACAGACAUUUGAUGAAGCUUGUCACAAUGGCUCACAUUUCAAUUCAUCAAAUAACAAAUAUUGUAUUUGCAAGUUUAUAAAAAACAUAAUUUUUUCAA